AUGAGUUGCUCACAGGAUUCAACUUUACCCGACUGGCAGUGUGAGAAAUGUAACCUGUAUUCACCUCAAACAUCUGCGUCAUUAUAUUUGUGGUGUACUAAAUGCGAGAAAAUUUUGUGCGCUUUAUGCAUUGGUAAAUGUAGCAAUGAAUCUCACCAAUGGGUGGUAGCCAGCGAAAUUAUUUUUAAGCUUAAAUCAGACAUGAUUUGCACAAAUGCGGAAAUGUCUAAGGCCGUUGAAAAUAUGAAAAUUUGUGGUGAAGAUACGCUUAGAUCACUUCAUGGACUACACAGUACUCUUGAACAUUUGAAGAAACAAUGUGAGGGUGUCACAGAUGUGAUCAGAGCACUUACUGAAGCAUUAAAAGAUCGACAAAAUUCAGCUCAUAAAUUUCACAUGGAAACCGAUGAGCAUAUACCUUUUACAUCUGUUUACGUGCGCAAAUUUCAAGCACAAAUUAAAUCGAGUAGAAAUUUAACUGAGGAAGCAACUGCUAUGAUUUUUACAUUGAACAAUGUUGUCAAACAAUCGGAUGAUAUUUGUAAAGAUGCUCGUAUUUUGAUGAAUUCAUUUUCGUUUGAAAGUAAAACUGAUUCUGAAGUGCAGUCUCAUGCCAAAAUGGAAUCACUUAAUGAAAGUUUAAGUGAUAAGUCAAGUGUAAACGGUUUUGGUGAUAUGCUCAGUGCACAUGAAUAUAAUCUUACGUUUGGCAAAACUGGAACUGAUGUGCAUCAGGAAACGACGGACGUUAGUAUGGUUUCAAAUAAAGAUUUUCAGGAUCCUGAACAAACUGGUAUACUUAAUAAGAGCGAUUCAACGCUAGCCGAUGAAACUGAUUCCUCAAGUUCUAAGUAG